UAUUUGGGUGACAUGUUUUCUCUUCUUCCCCAGCUGAUAUCAACUUGAAAAUGGCAGCUUCGCGAUCUGCAUUGUCUCUGCUCAUGUUUUUUAGUGGGGUGGGAUUAGGAUUUCUUGUCUGCUAUCUCCUGAUUAAUGUAAUAAAUAUAGAAGAACCACAGCAUAGGCAUUUACUCUUCAAUGACCCACAUGGACACUUAGAUGAUUCUGACCAACACCAGCAUCAAAAUCUUCAAGGAGAGAUGAACUUUAAUGCUGACAUCAGUCAACAUAAAGAUGAAAACGGAAGCCUUGCUGAUGAUCUUUACAAGAGAGUGCGAAUCCUGUGCUGGGUGAUGACUGGGCCUCAGAAUCUGGAAAAAAAGACCAAACAUGUCAAAGCCACCUGGGCUAAAAAAUGCAACGUCGUGCUUUACAUGAGUUCUGAAGUAAACAAAGAUUUCCCUACAGUGGGACUGGAUGUUAAAGAAGGCAGAGAUCAGCUGUACUGGAAAACUAUCAAAGCUUUCCAAUAUGUUUUUGACCAUCAUUUGAAUGAAGCUGAUUGGUUCUUGAAAGCUGACGAUGACACAUACGUUAUUGUUGACAAUCUGCGUUGGCUAUUAUCAAAGUACUCUCCAGAUCAACCCAUAUUCUUUGGAAGAAAAUUUAAGCCAUAUGUUAAGCAAGGAUAUAUGAGUGGUGGAGCUGGAUAUGUACUUAGUAGAGAAGCAGUGAAAAGAUUUGUUGAUGGCUUCAAGACUGGGAAAUGCACUCAUUUUACAUCCACGGAGGAUUUGGCCAUGGGGAGAUGUUUGGAGAGUGUUAAUGUAGAAGCUGGUGACUCGAGGGACACAAAUAAAAGGGACACCUUUCAUCCUUUUCCGCCAGAACAUCAUUUGACAAAAAGUUAUCUCCCCAAAACAUUCUGGUACUGGAACUACUGCUUUUACCCUACUGAAGAGGGACCUGGAUGUUGUUCUGAUUUGGCAGUGUCGUUCCACUACAUCGAUUCUAAAACCAUGUAUUAUUUAGAAUACUUGACUUAUCAUCUACGUCCGUACGGCUACAUGUAUAGAUAUAAUCCAGACUCCGAAGCAAAAAAAUUGGAGUGACCGUAGAUUUCUGGAACUCUCUCGAGAUUUUGCAGGUGACAAAAUUGUCAAAAUUCGUGUUAGAAAUGAAGUGGCAUCAGGAAUUGUUUCGUGGAUUUGCUUUUGUGCAAGAUACACUGGACUGCAUAAGCCUUGCAAGCAACAGAAUUAAUUUUAUGUACAGUAAUGACAACAUGGAUGGAGAUUAUCAUAUAGGAACAUUAAUGGGGGGGGGUUUCUUUUACUACUGGCUUGAAAUAACUAAAUUAUUUGUAUCCUGAUAAAUAAUUUGUAGUUCCUUCAUGAAACUAUGGGACUACAAUGUCUUGCCUCUUGAUGUUUAAAUACAGAUGAGAAUGGUCUGAUUUAUUUCUGGUUUGCUGGAUUCUUUCAGCAGCAACUUGGGGGUUUUAUAUCUAGAUUCUAUGUUGCUUGAUAAAAAAUAAAAUAUUAAGAGUUGCUAUUUACAAUACUGCUGGAGGACAUGCAUAUUGGGUAUAAACAUGAUUAGACUUUCCUAUAGGCCUUUUUGGAUGGAUUCAUACACUAAAUAGUACAUUUUCUACCCACAAAACAAUUAAAUAGAGAGCUGUAACAGUUACAGGAUGGCACCCCAAGCAGACUGUACAAUACAUAUUAGGAGAGCAAUUUGCUUUAAAGACCAUAAAAAAUAAUCUUUGCCAUUGCAUAUGUCCAAGGAGGAGAUCCAUGAUGUACAUAAAAAGAUUUGGUUUGAAAUUUAAGAUUAAUUAGGGGGAGUAAAUUAACUGUGGGAGAGUGUAAAUUGGGGAGAGCUCUGUGGCAAGUUGCCCAUUCACUGUCGUUCAUUUUACACUAUUGGGCAAAGUCAAAACUCGCGCAGUUUUCCAUUCCAAACAAUAGGAUGUCAGAUUACCUGCGUUAUAUUAAUAUUCCUGUUUGACCUUCAUGACUACUAAUUCACCAAAUGCAGUUUCCAUCCCCACCCUUUUCCACCCUCUGCAGAGACCACUCCCUCUGCAACUCACUCAUCCUUUCCACCCAAACCACCGCUCCCCAAGUACUUUCCCCUUUAAAACUGCAAGAGAUAAUAACACCUGUCCCUAUACCUCUUCCCUCACCUCGAUCCAGGGACCCCAGUAGUCUUUCCAGGUGAGGCAGAGGUACAUGUGCACCUCCUCUAACCUUGUCUUCUAUGUCCAGUGUUCCCGAUGUGGCCUCCUGUACAUCGGUGAGACAAAGCGUAGAUUCGGUGACCAUUUUGCCAAACAUUUGCGCUUGAUCCACCAAGGCCUACUGGAUCUCCCAGUUGUCAAGCAUCUUAACUUUUUUUUUUCCUAUUGCCAUACUAACCUUUGUGUCCUGGGCCUUCCCCAUUGGCAGAGUGAGGCCACACUCAAACUGGAGGAACAGCACCUUGUAUUCUGUUUGGGUAGUUAACAGGUAUAAUCCGACAGUAUGAACGUUGAAUUCUCCAAUUUUAGGUAAUUACAAAUUGGAACUCUCUGUUCCCCCAUUCCCGCCCCUCUGUCUCCUAUACCCAACCUGGACUUGCACCUAUUUCUCCCCUUCCCCUCUCCUUCUACCUAUAUUCCUUCCUCUAGUUUCACAAUUCACAACUCUUCAAUUCUUUCCAUCUACGUAUCAAACCCCCCUCCUUCUCACCUGUAUUUACCUAUUCCCUGCCAGGCUUGCACAGGUCCUGGGAUGAAUUUGACCAUUUAUGCUAAACAAUAUUGCUUUUUGACAUUGCUAGAAGUGGCAAACAGGAUAUGAAAUAUUAAGGAACUGCAGAGAGUGAAAAUCUGAAAUAUAAACUUUCAUUGCUAGAAAUAUUCAGUCUGCCUAGCAUGAUCAGUGGAGAGAGAAAUUAUUAUUGUUUCAUAGCUCAAUCUGCUGAGUAUUUCCAAGAUCUGUAAUGUAUUUGAAUAAUUAUCUAGGUGCAAUGCACCACAUUUGGUGAAAGCAAGAUUGCAGAGAUGCUGCCUGGCCCGCUGAGUUACUCCAGCUUUUUGUGUCCAUCUUCAAAAUUAAAUGUUAGCUGUUCAGUAACACUUGAUGCCAUUGCACUGCAUUUAUGGCUAUAAGUUCAAAUUGGGAAAUUCUUCCAUAUAGGGAGAUAACGUUAUAAAUUAUUCUCCAUAAUAUUCAUAGCAAAUGCACGCUUACAUUCUUAUGCAUAAACAUAUUUUUGUAAAUUAUGCCCUUAUUUAUUGUUAAUAUAUGAUUGCACAAGUUUAAUGUGAUUUUAUUUAGUAUCACUGCACAUCUGAUUAAUUAGUGUAGACUGCCCAAUAUGUGCACCAUUGACUGGCUCUUGGCUAACCUGUGUUGAAAUCAGAUUUAAAAUAGAUGGAAUAAAUUUUGGAUAAUUACCGAA